GAGUGCGUUUCAGAGAUGUCGUGGGUGCGGGCGGUACCUGCCACCUUCGGGGCUGGGGUGGACGGGGACGUGUUCGACGAGGACGCGGACGAGUCGCUCCUGGUGCAGAGAGAGUGGCAGAGCCACAUGCAGAGACGAGUCAAAGAGGGCUACCGCGAUGGAGUCGAUGCCGGCAGGGCCCAGACCCUUCAGCGCGGCUUCAACCAGGGCUACAAGGAGGGCGCCGAAGCCGUGAUCAGUUACGGGCAGCUCAGAGGAACGCUGAGUGCUUUGCUCACCUGGUGUCACCUUCAUGACAGGACUGCGCCUUUAAUGGGUAAAAUACGGAGUCUCCUGGAUGCAGUUGGCCAGUGUGAAGAGUGUGUGCUCAGACAGCUGGACGCAAUCACUCCACAGCCCCGCGUUGUGGAUUUAUCGGACUCCAUUCAGGAUAUGGACCUUUGUCACAGGCUUUCAGCCGAGGGAGACACUGAUGAAGCUAAAGAUGGAAGACUCUGUGAAAGUAACGCUGACUUUAACAAAAACUGUAGCAAGAAUGCAGAGUGUUCAUCUUUAGGGUGUUUUCAAACAGAGGACCAUAUACUUUCUGAAAAACCAGACCUCACUUGGAUUUUAGAACAGACAAACAGUUUAGUAAAGCAGCUAGGAGUACCAAUAGAUGUAUUACAACAUCUCAAACAACUGUAAAAAUUGUCUUCCUUUGUUAAUGAAAAUAAUAUUAAGAAUGUUUCAUGGAACAUUUUGUUUUUUAUAAAAUUAACAAAACUUGGGACAAAGUACAGAGGACAGGACACUUGCCUUGAACGCAGCUGACCCAAGUUCAGUCCCCAGAAACCCACAUGAUAUGCUCUCCCAAGCUCUGCCAGAAAUACCCUGAGCGCAGAGCCAGGAGUAAGCUCUGUGCACAGCCAGGUGUGGCCCCCAACCCAAACAAAAUCAUUACAAUAAUUAUAAUAGCUGAGUUUAAUUAUGUAGGAUUAUUCUUCAUGGAAGUUUAAAAUGUCUUUAAAAUCAGCACCAUUAAAUACAAUAAGCCUGUUUUAUUAGUGAUAACUUUCAAGUUAAGAUAAACUGAUUUCUUUGUUAUUUUCA